AUGGUCCAGCUAUGCCAGCAGCAGCGGCCGAUCCAGAAUAGCGAGGUGUACGUGCUGCGUCAAGUUCCGCCGUUUCCGCCGCUCUCUCCUCCAUCGCCCAUCACACCCGCCGAGGACUUUGACGACUCGCCUGUUGAUUCCCGCGGGCUUACCCAGCCCGAUAUUGCAGUAUGCGGCAAGAAGCUUGCGGUUGAGGAACGCAUCGCGCGCGCAGUCCACGUCCUAGCCACUGAGACCGCCGCCCUCCAAAACCUCACACAGCUCUACUCCUCAGACAGCAUCGUCCGUGAUGGCUUCACCCGGGCCGUCGACGCCAUUACCAGUCGUCAUGCCUCGCGGAGCAACAAAGACGGUGGACGUUGCGGCGGCGGCAAGUUGGUGGUAAUUGGUGUCGGCAAGUCGGGCCACAUCGCAAAGAAGCUCGUCGCAACCUUCAACAGCCUCGCCAUCCACGCCAUCUUUCUGCAUCCUACUGAGGCGUUACAUGGUGACCUCGGACAGAUUACGCCGCACGACACAUUGUUACUGAUAACCUUCUCGGGCAAGACUCCAGAGCUGCUCGCCUUGCUUCCCCAUCUCGAUCCGUCCCUCCCACUCAUCCUGCUCACGUCGCAUACUCGGCCGGAAACAUGCGAGAUCAUUGUGCGUCAUCGCCAGCACUCGGACACCGCCAUCCUAUUGCCCGCGCCGAUACACGAGGCCGAAACCGCAUCAUUUGGCGUGUCUGCUCCGACGACAUCCACCACUGUCGCGCUUGCCGUCGGCGAUGCUUUGGCUAUUGUUGCCGCGCGAGAGUUGCACCCGUCUGUGGCAGAUGUCUUUGCGCGGAACCACCCCGGCGGUGCUAUUGGUGCUGCUUUGUGGGCUAAUGCAAAAAAGAGGGGACAGGAGGAAGAGGAAACACCAAAUCUGCGUGCAGUAAUGGUGUCGUUAGAGGAUAUUCCCAUUCUCUCACCCACCACAGCCGCAUCUCCCACGGCUGUGACCGGCUUGGGCGUGCUCCGAGCAGGUUACUCAAGUCCAUCGGGCUGGGUCUGGUUACCCGGUCCGAAUAGCACAGAGAAAGCUAGCCAUCGUACCGGGGGCGUCGUCUCCCCGCGUACAAUCCGCGGACUCAGUGUGGAGGCCAUGGCUCAACCUGUCACGGCGAUCCCGCGCAGCGCGUUCAUCCCGGUCACGGCGGAUACGAGUGUUUCACGGGCGGCAGAGUGGAUUCGGGGGAUGCGGACGGCCACUGCGGGCUCUGAUAGUGGUGAGAGUGACGGAACUGAAAGGAGUACGGAGACAAACGAGGGCUUCGGUUCCAUGGGUACCUCCAUGUCUAUGACCUCUGGCUCCGAUUUCAGCUCUGCGUCCAGCUCCGGCUCUGUUGGGUACCACCAGGGAUUGUACGAUGAUGAGGCGAUUAUGGCGAUCAUGGAGAAGGGGGAGUGUGUGGGGUUGUUGGAAAUCGGUACAUUAUUAGGGAUGGAAGCGUGA